AUGGCAAGAUCAGGUCAUUCCACUCAGUUGACUUCUAGAAGACACAGAAUGCGUCAAUCACAGUCACAGAAGCUCACAGAAAAUGAAAUUUCAGAGCUGAAGAACUACCUUCCUGAGUGGACUUCUGCAAAAAGGAGCAAGAAAUGGGGAAUGUAUAAGACUUGGUUGUUCAACAACAAGAAAAAGAAGGAAAGGAAGGACAUGAUAAAGUAUGGGAGGAAAUGGAUGCCUAGGCAGGUGAUCUAUCAGCAGAACAGAGAGGAAGUGCUAAAGAGGAUUGAGGACGAGUUCGGGGUAAAGCCAGGAGGUCAAGACAUGUUCAAGCAUUAUCAAGCUGUGGUGAAGAAGGUCAUGGCCAAAUUGUCCAAGGAUGAGUUGGAGAAGGCAAAAGAAACCACCAAAGAAUGGUCCAACAACUUUCCUCCUCCUGAGACACAGGCGCAAGUCACCCGUAAGAAGGGACCUGUAUAUAUGGAGACAAUGCGGGAUGAGAGUAAUGAACACAGAGAGGUGCUGUUCGGGAUGCAUGAUGACAACGAGGCAUUAGGGGAUGGGGACAGCUUCAUGAAGACAAAGGACUGGGAGGACAUAGAGCUGGUUUGGCAGGAGUACGCGCAGGAACAGUUUGGUGGUGAGGCAUGGGAUGGAGGGCGACAGGUGCAGGGAGGGCAAAAAAGAAUGAAGAAACCAGUGUUCGAUCUGGAAAUGGACAGGGAUGGGAUGCCAUUGCUUCCAGACAUCAUGGAAACAAAACUUGAGGAGAAGAAGGCCAUAGGUACAGGGAUCUGUUCUGGGAUUGACAAGGCCGUCGUGCCGUGGAGUGCCAUCAUACAAAGUCAGGAUGACUUUGUGGCCAGACAGUAUCUUCCGGCGGAUGUAAACUUGAAGGAGCCUUCCAAGUUGCAAAAUUGGGAUACCACCGCCUUGCUCAAUUUCUGGUAUGCUCGGCAAGAGACAGGUGAAGGUCCAACAUUCCUGUUCAAGGCAUGGGGGAACAAAGAAGGCGACAUGGUAGAUUCCAUUGUAUCCGAGAAAUCACCUCCUCCUCUGAAGCGUAAGAGGGUGAUGAUCCGGAGACCUUGGGAUUCAUCAACUGAAUCCGAGAGUGAGGCUGAGGGCCCUGGCGAUGUUGAACAUGAAGUUCCACUGCCAGCCCUGAAGAGCUUCCGGGGGAAGAAAGAUGCAAUUGAGGCACCGGCGAGAACAACUUGGAGUAAGUCAGUGCAACAACCAUCUGACAGAGUUACUAGAGCAAGGGGCAAAAAGUAA